UUCUUUCUACCAUUUUUGUACAAUUUAUUUUUAUGGGGGAGACAGGGUCUUACUAAUAUGUAACUGGCUAUCCUGAAAUUAACUGCAUAGGGCAGAAUGGCAUCCAAUUCAACUAAUUUCACCUGUCUUUUGCCUCAUGAAUGCUGGGAUUAUAGGCAUGAGCCAAUGAACCCAGCUUGCCCAUCUUGUUUACAGUUUAGUAAGUGUUCAUUCAAUUUCUCUGAUGUAUACUUUGAUCUGUUUGCUUGCCUCUCUUUUUAUAUCUAUUAAUAGGCACUUCUCCUGCAAGGCUAUAUCCUAGACAAAGUGUGAAGAAAUGACAGAGGUGAACCUCAUUGUUCAGUUAUUUUUUUUUCUAAAAUGAAUUGAUGAUUAGAAUGUCUGUGCCAUGGAAUAAGUGUGGGGAGCACCAGAAUUAUUCGAAUAUAUUGUCAAACAAAUAUACAUUAGCAUGCUGUCAGUAUCACACUUUCUGUUGUAUGGGAUAUUUUAGAUUGCAGUGACCUAUAAUGAUGUGCAUAUCGACUUCACUUGGGAGGAGUGGACUUUGCUGGAUUCUUCCCAGAAGAAUCUCUAUAAAGAUGUGAUGUUGGAGAUCUACAGGAACCUCACUGCUAUAGGCUACAGUUGGGAAGACCAUAAUAUUGAAGAAAAUUGUCAAAGUUCUGGAAGAAAUAGAAGGUUCAAAAAAUGUCAUACUGGAGAGAAACCCUGUGAAUAUAUUCAAUGUGCAAAAGCUUUUUCACAACAUAGUCAUCUUCAAAUGCAUGAAAGAACAUUUCCUGGGGAGAAACCCUACAAAUGUAAUCAUUGUGAUAAAGACUUUGCAUAUGCCACUAGUCUCCAACUACAUGAAAGAACACAUACUGGAGAGAAACCCUACAAAUGUAAUCAAUGUGAUAAAGACUUUUCACAACACAGUGACCUCCAAAUACAUAAAAGAACACAUUCUGGAGAGAAAGCCCACAAAUGUAAUCAAUGUGAUAUAGCCUUUUUAAGUCACAGUCAUCUCCAAAUACAUGAAAGAACACAUACUGGAGAGAAACCCUACAAAUGUAAUCAAUGUGAUAAAGGUUUUUCACAAUAUGGUAAUCUUCAAAUUCAUGAAAGAACACAUUCUGGAGAGAAACCCUAUGAAUGCAAUCAAUGUGGUAAAGCCUUUACAAGUGCCAGUAGUCUCCGAACACAUGAAAGAACACAUACUGGAGAGAAACCCUACAAAUGUAAUCGAUGUGAUAAAGCCUUUUCACAACAUUGUCAUCUCCAAACACAUGGAAGAACACAUACUGGAGAGAAACCCUACAAAUGUAAUCAAUGUGAUAAAGACUUUUCACGACGCAGUCAACUCCAAAUACAUGAAAGAACACAUACUGGAGAGAAACCCUACAAAUGUAAUCAUUGUAAUAAAGACUUUGCAUAUGCCACUAGUCUCCAACUACAUGAAAGAACACAUACUGGAGAGAAACCCUACAAAUGUAAUCAAUGUGAUAAAGACUUUUCACGACACAGUGAUCUCCAAAUACAUAAAAGAACACAUAGUGGAGAGAAACCCUACAAAUGUAAUCAAUGUGAUAAAGCCUUUUCUGGACACAGUAAUCUUCAGAUUCAUAAAAGAACACAUUCUGGAGAGAAACCCUAUAAAUGUAAUCAAUGUGGUAAAGCCUUUGUAUGUACCACUGAUCUCCGAAGACAUGAAAGUAUACAUGCUGGAGAGAAACCCUACAAAUGUAAUCAAUGUGAUAAAGGCUUUUCACAACACAAUGCUUUCCAAAUACAUAAAAGAAGACAUUCUGGAGAGAAACUCUACAAAUGUAAUCAAUGCGAUAAAGACUUUUCACGACAUAGUUAUCUACAAAUACAUGAAAGAACGCAUACUGGAGAGAAACCCUACAAAUGUAGUCAAUGUGAUAAAGCCUUUUCAGAACACAAUGCUCUCCAAAUACAUAAAAGAACACAUACUGGAGAGAAACCCUACAAAUGUAAUCAAUGUGAUAAAGCCUUUGCAUGGACCACUAGUCUCCAAAUACAUAAAAGAGCACAUACUGGAGAGAAACCCUACAAAUGUAAUCAAUGUGAUAAAGCCUUUUCACAACAUAUUAAUCUUCAAAGGCACGGAAGAAUACAUUCUGGAGAGAAACCAUAUGAAUGCAAUCAAUGUGGUAAAGCCUUUGCAAGUGCCAGUAGUCUCCAAAGACAUAAAAGAAUACAUACUGGAGAGAAACCCUAUGAAUGUAAUCAGUGUGGUAAAGCCUUUGCAUAUGCCAGUAAUCUCAGAGUACAUGAAAGAUCACAUGCUGGAGCAUAACCCUAUAAAUGCAAUCAAUGUUUUAAAGACUUUCCACGACACAUACUGGACAGAAACCCUACAAGUGUAAUCAGUGUGGUUUAAGCCUUUGCAUGUGACAGUAGUCUCUAAAUACAUAAAAGAACACAAUCUGGAAAGUAACCAUACAAAUGUAAUCAAUGUGAUAAAGCCUUUUCAUGACACAGUAAUCGUCAAAUGCAUGAGAGAACACAUUCUGGAGAGAAACCCUAUGAAUGUAAUCAGUGUGGUAAAGCCUUUGCAUGGAUCAGCAGUCUUUGAAAUCAUCAGAAAAAAUAAUCACACUACAGAGAAACCUAGAAAGGUAGUAAGUGUGGCAAAGUUUUGCACUUCAUGUUAGUUUUUAUUACAAGAGUAAAAUUUCAGUGUGUAAUUGGUAUUUUAAAGUCUUUUCAUUUUACAGUAGUCCUUGAGGAUCUGAAAAAACUUAAUACUCAAGGAAAUCUGGCCAUAAAGAGUUUGGUAAGAUCUUUACCCAACUGACUUAAAUUCAGCUACACAAGUUUAUUCUGGAUAAGAAAUCUGACAAGUGUCACCAGUCUGUUCAAGCAUUAUGAUGUCUCUCUUUAUUUUAUUUGCACCUGCAAACUCAUAUGAUGAAAAUAACUAUGACUUUAAAUGAGAUAACCCUUUUAAAUUCCACAGUUCUCUUAAAUUACAUGAAAUAACAAUCCAGUUGUAAAAUUUAA